AUGGCCAGCGUUAGUGCGCCCAGUGAGUUGGGACGCCACCAACUUCCCUCCACGUGCCCAGAACAUGACCCGGGGACGAGUUCUCGAGUUUCCAUGUUCACGUCGAGUUUGUUCACCGGAUUCAAUCAAAAAACAAACAAGCAAGCGACCAAGAACCAGAGGGAUGAAGAAGACGUGGUCCAAAGCGGCAAGAACGACUACCAGGUGAGCCGUAAUACAAAUAUGACAACGUUCAGGCGUGUUGCUGCUUCCCUGCAGGGAAGGGUCUGA